AUGGAAGAGCAAUCCCAUGAACAAGCCUCGAUAGAGACAUCACCUUCUUCUUCUUCAGUAGACCAUAAAAUUUGGAUAGAGACCCAGGAUUUUCUGAAGAAAAAGUUGAUUGCAGAAGAUGAUUUCACAUGGAGAUUAGCUGUUACAGGAAGGUCAAUGGAGAAAGAGGAGGAGGUGUUGAAGUAUGUGGGUGGAGUUGAUAUAAGCUAUUCAAAGGAAGACCCAUCAAUGGCAUGUGGGGUUCUUGUAGUUUUGGACCUCCAAACUCUCCAAGUUGUCUAUGAAGACUUCUCUAUUGUCAACCUCCAUGUCCCUUAUCUUCCUGGCUUCCUUGCUUUCAGAGAGGCCCCAGUGCUACUUGAGCUUUUGGAGAAAAUGAAAACCAAUGCUAAUCCUUUAUAUCCACAGCUGCUAAUGGUAGAUGGAAAUGGAAUACUUCAUCCUCGAGGUUUUGGCUUGGCUUGUCACCUUGGCAUUCUGGCAAAUCUACCUACUGUUGGGAUUGGAAAAAAUCUUCACCAUGUGGAUGGCCUAACACUAUCUGGUGUGAUGCAACUUCUUAAAGCCAAGGAAGACUACGCUCAAGAUUUUGUUACUUUGAAAGGAUGCUCUGGGCGUAUAUGGGGAGUGGCAGUGAGAUCUACUGGUGGCUCAUUGAAGCCUAUAUUUAUUUCAGUUGGUCACCGUAUAGCACUUGAUACUGCCAUCAGGAUUGUAAAAAUGACUUGCAAAUUUCGUGUCCCGGAGCCUAUUCGGCAGUUACAGGCAGUCUAG